AUGAGCGAUGAUGAUCCUCUCCCUUUGUUAACACCAUCUGAGGAUUUCAACUACCUUGAUUCUGAAGCCACAGAUAAUUUAUUCUCCUGCUCCACACUUUACGCCUAUGUUUUUGUGGGCAUUACGUGGUUACUUUGUUUUGUAUCCUUCACAGCCUUGUUUCUGUGGUGGAAAUAUAUCUUCGAGCCGCUUUCUUGGAACCCAGCAACUAAAGGUCUCUAUAAGUACCUUGUUUCGACAUGUAUGCUGUUCGAAAAGCAUGUGAUUACGUUUUGGUGUAUUUACAUUGGUGCCUGGUGGUGGGCAUAUGUUAGGUGGUGUGGAUGGAAAUUGUUCCGCCACUCCAAAGGUAUUCAGACGUGA